AGACGCGGCUGGCUCAGCCGCUGGCGGGGCGCGGGCGUCGGCUCUAGGGGCUGCCCAGGCGGGGCUGGGGGCUUCUCCGGGCGCGACGACGGCUCCGGCCAUGGACGAGCAGGCGGGGCCCGGCGUCUUCUUCAGCAACAACAACAACAACAACGCGCUGCUGCUGCCGCCGCCGCCGGGCGGGGCCGGGCCGGGGCUGGAGCCGGGGGAAGCGGCGGCGGCAGCGGCCGCAGCGGCGGCUGCAGCUGGCGGCGGCGGCGGCGCGGCGGCCCCGGCUCCGGCCUCUGCGGCGCGGGCUCAAUACAGCGUCCCCGGCAUCCUGCAUUUCCUGCAGCACGAAUGGGGCCGCUUCGAGGCCGAGAGAGCCGAGUGGGAGGCGGAGCGGGCGGAGCUGCAGGCCCAAAUUGCCUUCCUUCAAGGGGAAAGAAAAGGUCAAGAGAACUUGAAGAAGGAUCUAGUGCGGAGAAUAAAAAUGCUGGAAUACGCUCUUAAACAAGAAAGAGCUAAAUACCACAAGUUAAAAUAUGGCACAGAGCUGAAUCAGGGAGAUAUGAAGCCCCCAAACUAUGAUUCUGAUGAAGGGAAUGAAACCGAAGUUCAGUCACAGCCAAAUAGUCAGUUAAUAUGGAAACAAGGAAGGCAGUUGCUCAGACAAUACCUGCAAGAGGUGGGAUACACUGACACAAUACUGGAUGUGAAGUCAAAACGGGUACGAACUUUGCUGGGUCUCUCAGGUGAUGGUCCAGACAGAGAAAAUGAUAAAAACCAAGAAUCAAUGGUGAAUGGCACAGAUGCUGAGCUUAAAGAAAAAGUGAUGAUUGGGAAACCAGAUUUGACAGACUCUGCCUCUCUGCUAGAGACAUUUAAAUUCCUUGAAAAUGCUGCUGCAGAAUUUAGCGAUGAAGAUGAAGAUGAAGAUAUUGAUGGGAGAGAGAGAACAAUCAUGGACACUUCAACGAUUGUGAGGAAGAGGGCAGUGUCUGAUAACAGUGAAGACAGGGAUACUGAAGAAGCCCUGAAGGAGUUUGAUUUCUUGGCUACAUCUGAUGAAGGAGAUGGAGAAUCUAGAAGUUCAGGAGAUGGUACAGACUGGGAAAAGGAAGACCAGUGUCUCAUGCCUGAAGCCUGGAAUGUGGACCAGGGAGUAAUAACCAAACUGAAGGAACAAUACAAAAAGGAGCGCAAGGGGAAAAAGGGGGUGAAGAGAAAAACUACCGAAGAUAUGUUUCAGCCUCAGUCCUAUAUAAAACAGUCAAAACAGGGAUGUGGGAAAAUGAUGGAGCAAAAUGCAGGACCCAACAGGUCAAAACUUCAAGAUAUGCUUGCUAAUUUGAGAGAUGUCGAUGAUCUGCCCGCAUUACAACCCUCUGUUGCGCCACCCACGAGACCCAGUACUUCACGGCUUAUUGAGCAAGAGAUAAACAGGACAGAUGAAGUGGAAGCUUUAACCUUCCCACCUUCAUCUGGAAAAUCUUUCAUUAUGGGAGCAGAUGAGGCCCUUGAAAAUGAGCUGGGCCUUGGAGAAUUGGCAGGCCUCACAGUAGCCAAUGAGGCAGAUUCGCUGACGUAUGAUAUAGCAAACAACAAAGAUGCACUGAGGAAGACUUGGAAUCCCAAGUUUACUUUAAGAAGCCAUUUUGAUGGAAUAAGAGGUCUGGCCUUCCAUCCAGUUGAACCAGUGCUAAUUACAGCAUCAGAAGAUCAUACAUUAAAAAUGUGGAAUUUACAGAAAACCUCACCAGCUAAAAAGAGUGCCUCUCUUGAUGUUGAACCUAUAUAUACCUUCAGGGCGCAUAACAGCCCAGUGCUUUGUGUGGUAAUGAGUAAUAGUGGUGAGCAGUGUUACAGUGGGGGAACUGAUGGCCUCAUCCAGGGCUGGAAUACUACAAACGUGAAUAUUGACCCUUAUGAUUCCUACGAUCCUUCUGUCUUAAGAGGUGCGUUUGUAGGCCACACGGAUGCAGUGUGGGGCUUGGUUUAUAGUGGAACUCACCAGCGCUUGCUCUCCUGUUCAGCAGAUGGCACUAUACGUUUAUGGAAAGCUUUGGAGAUCUCUCCAGCUCUGAAUGUAUUUAAUGAUAAUCAAGAGAUGGGGAUUCCCUCUUCUGUGGACCUCGUGAGCAGUGACCCAAGCCACAUGGUUGCAUCAUUUAACAGUGGGCAUACAAGCAUUUUUAAUAUGGAAACAAGACAACGCAUUCUUACCUUGGAGUCCAAUGUAGAUACUACUGUUAGCUCUUCUUGCCAAAUAAACAAAGUAAUCAGUCAUCCAACUCUUCCAAUCAGUAUCACAGCCCAUGAGGACAGACACAUCAAAUUCUAUGACAAUAACACAGGAAAAUUGAUCCACUCCAUGGUGGCCCACUUGGAUGCAGUCACAAGUUUAGCUGUUGAUCCAAAUGGCUUAUACUUAAUGUCUGGCAGCCAUGACUGUUCAAUCCGAUUAUGGAACCUUGAAAGUAAGACCUGCAUUCAAGAGUUUACGGCUCAUCGCAAAAAACAUGAUGAAUCCAUCCAUGACGUGGCAUUUCACCCCUCCAAAUGUUAUAUUGCCAGUGCAGGAGCAGACGCACUUGCUAAAGUCUUUGUAUGAUGCAAUGCUUCCCUUCCAGCUGCCGUGUAUAUACAAGAAGCUGUACAAAAGACAGGGGCAAGAAUCUUCUCUUUGUGCCCUUUAAUUCAGUGAAUGUUAGUAAUUGUUUAGGGUUGUUUUUUUUCCUCUGCAGGGUGCUUUUUUCUAAAUUAAAGGGUGGUUCAGGUUAUAUGAGCUCAGCUAGUGCUGAGAGCUGGGAAACACUCCAUUUCAAAUGGUCCAUAGAAGAACCAUUUUUAUUUUGAUGGUAUCGGUAUUUGCCCAGGCUGGCCUUGGGUGAAAAGGGGAUCCUUUUGGGCAAUCUAGGGUGGGCAAUCUAGGGUGGUCAACAAAGAAGUCAAUAGCUCAAUAUCUGCAGUGCAUGGAUACAUAAAAGCAUUUCUACCUGUUUCUUGAAGAAUUUUAUUCACAUAUUGCAGUAAAAUAGCUCCCAAAUUUGGUGAUUCACGUAACUUGGGACCAUGAAAUAUAUUGCAUUCCAUCUUCUCGUUUUUUGGUAUUGAAGGGUUGGAUGACGUACAGACGUAACGUAAUACUUGAUUUCAUCUUGGCCUGCUGGCUAUCUACAUUAGGUGGAUUGGAUUUAAAAAUAUGAAUGCAACCAUUCCCUAAAUAAAUCAUAUUAAAAGCCGACAUAUAAAAUGCAUUAAAAUAUAUCUUUUAUUUAAACGUUUGAAAGUAUAUGUUAGGAAGUGGCUGGAACUGCAGUUUAGCCUUUAAUCCAACAUCACAUAAUGAGGUGGAUAUCUGUUUGCAACACGAAUGAGAAUUAUUUCAAACUCUGAUGAUUCUUCUGCACGCGUUAGGACCCCGUUAAAUAAAUUAUGAAUCUCUCCUCUUUUCAGUUAAAGAAGAAAUGAUUAUUUGUGUAGGUUUUAACAGGUCUUUAUUACUGAAAUGCAACUUAACUCCAUCCUAACAACAUUUUCAUUGUGUCUUGAAUAAACCCUGCCCUGCUAUCAUGCAAUUUCAUCCUCCCCAUCUGAACCCCACGCAAACACACAUAGCAUUGAACCUGCUUUCCUGUAAUUCAGUCCCAAGCUGCUGAGGGGUUAUUUUAGCAGUGUGACUGGUCAAGAAGGUUUUCCCCUGCUUUGAUCCUCACACUUCCAGUGGGAAGUGUGUGUACGGUUGCUUCAUUCGCAAAUUCUACAGCAGCAGAAGCAGAUUCCAUGCUACUUGGGGUCUGUGUAAGGCAAUUGAAUGACUGUUCAUCCAGCAUAAAAACUGCUGCAGCAUAACAGAAAAACUAAACCUCUUUGAAACCUGUAGAGCUUCUUGUGGCCCCAAAACAUUUAUCAUUAACUGUAUGAAAGGUUAUGCCAGCCCUAGGUGGAAGUGACCAAAGGUGAAUGGUGUGAUUUUAUAGGGUAGUUUACCCUGUCAUCAGGGCUUUAUCCAAAACGUUUUCCUGAUUGGGAAUAAAUGGUUGGAAUUAGAUUUUAGAAGAAUUUGAAGUUCAUCCAAAUUUGUCUCUUCUCCUUUUUUCCUUUUUUUGGGGGGUUAAAACUUUAAGCUACCACACACAUUUGGAGCAGAAACAAAUCUUAACACAAGCAUAGAGUAGCAUAUUUGUCACUGUGUUGUGGCACUAUAAAUGGUUAUCUUCUGUAGGUAUGAAGAUCGCAGAACUUUGCAUUUGGUACAAAAGACGUGUAAAGUACCUGUUUGUAGAUGUUUCUUCUCUUGCAGAUACUGAUGUACAACAUAUUUCCCUUCAAUGCAAAUAGACUUUUAGUCGAAAAAGUUACAAUAAUAUCUCAAACGGUUUAGUGUUCAACACAUGCUUGGUUUUAAGUCAAAGCAAAAAGUUCAACAUAAAACAAAUUUAUCUUCUGCGUAUGCACCCCUGGUUCUCCUGGUGUCCUUUUUUAAAGAGAAUAUUACAAAGGGGGAAAUAUAUGAAGUUGUGUAUAUUAUGUGUGUGUACAUAUAUAUAUAUAAAUAGAUAUAUAUAGGAAGAGGUUGUAAACAGUAUGUAUUAAAUGCGUCUAAGGGAAGAUUCUAUGGGUAAUUUCAAUGUUUUAGUAUUAAGUUCUUCAGACUUUGUUGAAUACAAAGGAUAAAAGGUAUCGGUAUUGUGCUCUUUGCUUAAGCAAUAUAAUACAUAGUUGCUGAUGUUUAAAUUGCUGUACAUACAACUAAUAGGCCAGCAUGCUUGUUUUUAAGACUCCCAUUUGAUUAAAUUAUGAAUGUAAGAAAAACAAAAGUUGCUAUUCAAAUGUGGAUUGGAAGAUGCUCCAUCCUGCUUAGUGAAGUCUUGAUCCAAGUGAAGUGACUUUUAAAAUAGGCGAAUAGCUAGAGGCUGAGGUGCCUUUUGACAAACAAAAUGUAGCCUUACUAUAAGGUUGUGGGCUCUGUAUUUGUGCUCUUCUCCAGACUAUUUGUGUCUGUCAAUCUCCUGCUUGCGUACUAUAGACUGCAUUGUACUGUGCACAAGUAUUAAAGUUAUUUGAGAUGUCAUCUUCACUUAGAGAUGAAAAAGACCCUUUUUUAAUUUUCUCUACCUCUUCCAUUUACCUGGCAGCGUUGUGUUUCACUCCUUUUGUGCAUUUUAGAAGCAUUUGAAGCAGACUGGUUAACCUUCAACCCACAUCUAUUUUACUACUUUUCUUUAUACUGCUCAAUUGCAGCUGACUAAGUGAACUGCCUUCAUUAGAAUGUAUAGUGGUUAAAAUCAUGUCCCAUGAUAUAAAUGUCCUGUGGUUUGAUCUGCAGGGGACUGUUCAACAUAUGCCUGUCAGAGUGAUAAACAUGUAUAUGUAAGCUUACUUUUAGAAGACAUUUAUCCACCAAUCACAUAACAACCCUCCAUGAUUUGUUAUUAGAGCACAUUAUAGUAUAGUAUAAGGAGAGAAAUUUGAAGCAAACUUCAAUUUCCCUUUUUGUUUGUAUGUGAGAAAUUGUGGUUUGUACAAACCAUAGUUGAUUAUCAAGCCAGAAUCAGAUCCAUAUUCAGUUGAACGAUGAAACGAUGGUUUGUUAAAAAUUAGAUUUUAUAAGACACCAAUGCAUUUCCCUAAUUCUGUUCUCUAACUGAUGCAAAAUUAAUGAUCCUAGGCCUUAGAAUUCUAACGUCUUGCAGAAGAAUUUCACAGCUGGACUUUUAGGAAUUUUUAGAGAAAGCAAAAUAACUUCUUGCCAAGUGUAACACAUCAAUUGCCUACAUAGAUAACAUAAUAAAAACCAGCCAACUUAUAUAAGGAAUAUUGGUAGGGUUAAGGCUUUCAAAAAAAUUUUAUUCCUCCUCUGGAAUUAGUAUUCUUGUGUAAUUUAACUUUUUGUUGGAUGCCUUCCAAAAUAUUUCUACCAUAGACAGGUGUCUAUCAUAAACACAGGUUUCACAGUCAUAAACAUCUGUGCUAUUAUUUCUAACCAUAGAGCCCAAAUUAACUGAAAGGAUCUCUUAUGCUACAGUCAAUGGCUUCCUGAAACACUGCAAAGUCAAAAACUGAAAACACAGGAUAACAGCCAUAUUUCACAGUAAUGUGUGCUGGUUGAAUUUACCUAAAGCAUUUCUGUUGAUGCGAAAAGAAGCCACACCAGAAUACUUCCCUUGUUGCACAGUCUUACUGACUAAACCUAGUGAGGAGGCAUCUCAAAAGUCCAAAUGCAACUCCAUUGUAUUUAGAUAAGAACUUUUAUUCAUUGUAGUGUUUGGUAUCUUGUUGAAUCAUUAUCCCGUCUUUGAUGUAAGCCUUUUAAUAGGUUAGUUUGGAUUUCCUACAUGGUGGUUUAGUGAUUUGUUUGGCCCACGGUCCUUCGUGUUAGAUAUUGGCAAAUCUCUUGCUUUUGUUCUCUUGCAGUAUUUUGUUCCAAACACUGCAGAUACAUGUUUGAAUUUACAUCUUUAGUUUAAAUUUCACUGCUUAUUCUUUAAAUACUUGUAUUUUAAGACCUGUUGCCACCUUUAGAUGGUUAGUUGUAGCCUAGAAGUAAUAGGUGUGAUUUUCAUCCCCGUCCAGAUAACUGUGCUUUAUUUGCUUCACUUUUCAACACAGUUGAACUGAAGUUGAAGAAACUUCCUAAAAUAUAUGGAAGUAUGUCCCUAAAACAAAAAUUGCAAUCAGAUAGCCCUCUACAUCUGGUAGUAUGUUGUUUGCAAGGAAAUUUUCCGAUUAAUUACUUUGGGUCAUAAUCCCAUGAUGCCCAGGUAAUUUAAAGCUUUAGUGUAUGGGGAAUAGCAUCAGGCAUAAUGCUUGUCCAUGAGACUAUUGGAAUAUGAAUAGGCUAUGACAUGUUCAUGUGGAUUAAUUUAAGACCAAUAUAUGUGCCCUGGCCAUUUCCUGAUGCAUGAUUGGAUAACUACACCAAGGCAACCUCCUCUUUGAGGAUAUUGGGCUCCAAAGGUUCAAGCUUUUCCUCUGAUGAAAAACCCCCUAGGGGAAGCAUGACAUUUAGAAAUGUACCCUCGCUGGCUUGCUCCCAGUUAAGUGUAUAUCGGAUUCUGGCCUUAGUAUUGCAGUACAUAAAAGUUUUCAUGGUGCCAUGUAAUAUAUCGAUUAGUCUAAAUUUUGACAAAAAUAAAUUAUGUAGGUCUGAAUCAGUGUUGCAGUCAUUUUUAUCACAUUAGGGAUAUUUAGCAUUCAUGAGGAAAGCAUUGGUGGUGUUAGGACAUCUUAGGUAAUGUUUCCACCACAAAAGGCUCUUCAUUCUUGAGUGUUAGUCAGACUGAAUCUUGAGAAUCCAAUAGCACCAGAUUUAUGUUUAAAGAUGUGUUUGAAGAACUGUUUUCAAUAUAUUAUCAUUUUUAUCAAAACCCGGUAAGAUGUGAAAGGAUGAAAAAAAAAUUUACGAAAAAAACCACUAGCUUGAUACUCUUCAUAAAAUCUCUAAAUUUUAGAGUCAAAAAAACAAGCCACCUUUAAAAGUAAACAGCAAAAUUGUUUGUGGAACAUCUUGAAUAAACUUGUUUGCUUACCUAAUAUGGAGAAAAUGUUCUCAUCAUAUAGUAGACAGAUCAUCUUCUGUAAUACAUAGUUCAAUGAGGCAAUACAGAAUUAUUAAUGAAGGCAGUUGAACAGGAUAACAGCUAAGCAAAGUGGGAGUUUUGUGUACAGUACCUGCAUUCUAUGUUAAGUAAAAUCAAGUGGACCUUCCUGAAGUAUCACUAUACAGAGCAGCUUUACUAAAUAUUACAACAGCAAAUAAAUGUCCUUUGUACUAUGUAUUUAUGUAAAUUGGGUGCUAAUAAAUACUAUUUUUCAACA